UGACAAGCCUGAGCAGCACAGCGUCAGUGUGCUGUGCUGCGACCCAAGCUUACCUUGCCCGUACCUCCCUUGCUCCUGCACCUUUCACCCCCCACCCCUCCCCCUCCCUUCCCACCUACAGCGCCAAGCCAGGGCAGCAUGACUUCAUUGUGCUGCGCAAGCUGGUGCUGCCUGGCCAAUGCUUCUGUUCUGCGCACCAAGCCAUACCCGCUCCUCUCCCUUGUCUUCUCGCCCCACCACACCCCCCACACAGCGACAAGCCAGGGCAGCAUGACUUCAAUGUGCUGCGCAAGCUGGUGCUGCCAGACGGCUCUGUGCUGCGCGCCAAGCUGCCUGGCCGACCCACCAGGGACUGCCUCUUUGCCGACCCUGCCCGGGACCACACCAGCAUGCUCAAGAUAUGGAUGAUGAACGCGUGCAGUGGCAUGGUGGGGGCGUUCAACUGCCCUUUUCCACCCUUCCCAACCCUCAACCCCUUGUUUCCCCCACCACCCUCUAUCCCCAACAGCAUGCUCAAGAUCUGGACGAUGAACGCGUGCAGUGGCAUGGUGGGGGCGUUCAACUGCCAGGGCGCGGGGUGGUGCCGCGACGGCCGCAAAUACACCAUGCACAACCCUGACCCUGAUGCGGUUACUGGGACUGUUGCUGCUGCUGACGUGGACCUGCUUGCUGACGUGGCGGCCAGCGACUGGACGGGAGAUGUGGCGGUGUUUUCCCAUAAUGCAGGUGGGUGUGCAGAGGAAAGGGAGGAAGGGGAGGGAGGGACGGAGGGAGGCGAGUUGGUGCGUCUACCAGCAGACACAUCUCUGGUGGUGCACCUGCAUCGCCUCGAGUUUGAGCUCUACACUGUCGCCCCCAUCACUGUGGUGGGAAGCGUGGCAGUGGCGCCGAUAGGCCUGACCAACAUGUACAACUCAGGGGGUGCCGUGCUGUCCGUGCGCAGCAGCAACACCAGUGGUGCCGGCACUUGUGCCACCAGCCCAGAUGCUGCAGGUGCAGGUUCACCGAAUGCAGACACGACAGAGGCACACAAAGCAGCAGCGAGAGAAGCAGAUGCGAGGGAGCCGGGAGCAGGCGCAGCUGAAGCGACGGUGGAGGUGGAAAUGAGGGGAGGGGGCAGCUUUGUGCUGUAUGCGUCGAAGGAGCCGUUGUGGUGUACAGUGGACGGGACAGAGGCACAGGUUGCUUACACUCCUGAUGAUGGCCGGGCGGCCGUGCAGGUGCCAUUCAGGGCAGGUGCUACCUGCUUGCUCAGAUUCGCCUGGUGA